CCGGCCCUCCCGCGGGCGGCGCGGCACUCGGGCACCGGCGCGCGGAGCCAGCAGCCGCCGAGCCCGCCAGCCGGGGCCAUGGGCUGCGACGGCCGCGUGUCGGGGCUGCUCCGCCGCAACCUGCAGCCCACGCUCACCUACUGGAGCGUCUUCUUCAGCUUCGGCCUGUGCAUCGCCUUCCUGGGGCCCACGCUGCUGGACCUGCGCUGCCAGACGCACAGCUCGCUGCCCCAGAUCUCCUGGGUCUUCUUCUCGCAGCAGCUCUGCCUCCUGCUGGGCAGCGCCCUCGGGGGCGUCUUCAAGAGGACCCUGGCCCAGUCGUUAUGGGCCCUCUUCACCUCAUCCCUGGCCAUCUCCCUGGUGUUUGCCAUCAUCCCCUUCUGUCGAGAUGUGAAGGUGCUGGCCUCUGUCAUGGCGCUGGCGGGCCUAGCCAUGGGCUGCAUCGACACCGUGGCCAACAUGCAGCUGGUGAGGGUCUACCAGAAGGACUCGGCCAUCUUCCUCCAGGUUCUCCAUUUCUUUGUGGGCUUUGGCGCCCUGCUGAGCCCCCUCAUUGCCGACCCCUUCCUGUCUGAGGCCAACUGCUUGCCUGCCAACGGCACGGCCAAUGCCACCUCUGGAAGCCACCUGUUCCACGCCUCCAGGGUCCUAGGCCAGCACCACACCGAGGCGUGGCGUUGGUCCAACCACUCGCUCUCCGGGCUGCCUGCGCAGGACCGGGCAGGGACCCGUGUGUCGUAUGCCUUCUGGAUCAUGUCCCUGAUCAAUCUCCCGGUGCCCAUGGCUGUGCUGUUUCUGCUAUCCAAAGAGCGGCUGCUGGCCUGCUGCCCUCAGAGGAGGCCCCUGCUCCUGUCCGCAGAUGAGCUGGCCCUUGAGACGCAGCCUCCAGAGAAGGAAGACGCCUCCUCACUGCCCCCAAAGUUUCAGCCACACCCAGGGCACGAGGACCUGUUCGGCUGCUGGCAGAGGAAGAACUUCAAAGGAGCCCCUUACUCCUUCUUCGCCAUCCACAUCACAGCCGCCCUGGUCCUGUUCAUGACCGACGGGAUGACGGGGGAGUACUCAGCCUUUGUAUACAGCUAUGCAGUGGAGAAGCCGCUGUCUGUGGGGCACAAGGUGGCUGGUUACCUCCCCAGCCUCUUCUGGGGCUUCAUCACCCUGGGUCGGCUCAUCUCCAUUCCCAUCUCCUCCAAAGUGAAGCCAGCCACCAUGGUGUUCGUCAAUGUGGUGGGCGUGGUGGUGACGUUCCUCGUGCUUCUCGUUUUCUCCUACAACGUCGUCUUCCUGUUCGUGGGGACAGCCAGCCUGGGCCUGUUCCUCAGUAGCACCUUCCCCAGCAUGCUGGCCUACACUGAGGACAUUCUGCAGUACAAAGGCUGUGCGACCACGGUGCUGGUGACAGGGGCAGGAAUUGGCGAGAUGGUUCUCCAGAUGCUGGUUGGUUCGGAUGCACUCUGGACUCUCGUCAGUUCCUACCCAGGACAAAGCACUGGGAAUGGAAAGCCCAGAGUGCUACCAGAGGUAAAACUGGGGGAAGGGGGCAGGCGAAGACGGCCGGCCUCUCGAGCACCAGCACAGACCAAAGUGUUCAAGAAAUUGGGGGUCGCCCUGGAGGCGAUCUCUCCACGCCUUGGCUCGGAUCUUUUCCACAAAUACUUGGUUAGGUAGAAGAAAUUGAACGGACUGGGAAAAUCAUUAGCAGUUUACUGGAUGGAUAUUCAAGUUACCUUCCUCUCCCCCGGUUCGGACCUUUGGUAAGAGGUGUCCAGGAUACCCCGAUGGGAAGGAAGAAGACAGCCAUAUGCUUCACUCCAUUGGCCACCGACCACCUCCUGCAUGGACCAUCCCCUGGGUUUGAAUAUCACUUUUCGUUGAAGUUUGAAAGAACAGGUUGAAAUUGUAAAGUUCGAUGAUCACUGCUUGCUGUAGAUAUAUUUGAAAUCAGUCAAAACAAACCCCCAGUUAGUUCCCGGCAUGCUCAAAUGAUUUAUGUGCUUUUUACUUUUUGGUAAGCCACGGUCCCUCAAAUUCCCGUUGCUGAUAUCCGUAGUUCGUUUAAAAUCUAAAACAUCGAAAGGAAAAGUCGAAUCUUGCUAUCUUUGGGACACUAAUUCAGUGGUAUGCUGGGCUGGCUCGUACUAGCUGAUAAAAGCCGGUCGUUAACAUUUCCUUUUGAGAGCUAGUUGUUAAAACUCGGCCAGUAUUAAACAUGAGAUUUUAUAGAAAGUUAACAAUUCCGUUAAAGACAAGGGAAAGAACCACUCAAAACUCAUCACUUCCUUGAAGGUAUCUAAGCGUAUUGUACCUGUACAGGGGAAAUAGGAUACGGAGGUGUGGCUCUGUCCAUCUCUUCCCAGAUGCGCUUUCAGUGGUAACGUGUCUGGUGGCUCGAGAUCAGCCACGUGGGAGGAUUCACCCCAUAGAAACUGGCAGAGGCUACACAUCCUCCCCUUUCUCUUCCCCCCGGAGAGCCAGUUGUUAAACAUCUACCCGCAAGUACCCCACUGCUAACGAUCAGUGCAAACGGGCUCAGAAGCCGUCUGGGAGAAUGGGAUGAAGGUUCCGGUUUUCUUUUACUUGACCGCGCUUAUGCGAAGUGUAGGCACAGCACUGAGGAAUUCUCAAAAAUACCUGAUUUAAACUUUACAUCUUUUGUCAAGGAAAACAGCUCUUUGUACCACGUCAGGUGGGUUUCCUUAACAAAAAGCUGGGACUGCCGAGCGAUGCGGGGGGAGCAGCACACCGAAAGCAGUGUGGAGGAGGGUACUCUCCCGACCGAGCAGAUCCCCUAGUAACCGAGAGGGCACAGAGCCUGCCACUUGGAAAGGGUGAGACCACGGAGGCGUCUGUAAGUAGUAAAAUGGCCGUGACGGUGACCGUCCGUGCGCUUACCUGAAGCUUCUCUGCGUUAUGUACGAACGUGCAUGCGUGGCUAUAAAAAGGGGAUCGAGGUUCUCUGUAGCCUGAGCCGCAGACCCCACACUGAGCAGCGUACCCCAGAUCGGUGGCCUUGUCAAGUCAGCCGGCUGCGUCUGCCAGCAUAUCCUGUGUGGUGACGGGGCCCUGGCCGGAGAGCGGGCGCUGGCCUCGCUCUCUAGCUGUGCGGCCCUGGGCGGGUCCCUCACUGAUGGUCUUCCAGCCUUGCUUGUUCUUGUUAAAUCGAAGUGACAUUUCUAAAAGAACUUACCCUACCUCAAAGGAAUCCUGAAAGAAUGAAGUGGCUUUGUUUAAAGCAAUUAUUGUAUGCCUGACCUAGAAACUGCUUCAUAAAUGCUAGCAAUUUUUAAAACCUCUUCAUAAGCAGAUUCGAAAUUGUUCGUAUGUUUGGUACACAAUUAUUGUUAAGUCAAACAGAUCUCAAUUUUUUUGAAGGCUGAUGGUCUAAGGGUGUAGUUUUAACUAUGCCUGUAAAUACUUAAAAAUAGCUGAUGGCUGCCGGACUUCAAUGUGCAAUCUAACUGGAGUGACUGACCUGGACAAAAAGAAAGUAGCUGUAUUUUUCUCGUGGUUUUUCAAAACAAACAAACAAACAAAACCCGCAUCCUUUUUAUACAGAUUUACAAAGAAGGAUCAAUGGCUUUAUCUAAGAUGAUCAUGAUUAAUUUGAGAAUAUAGAAAACAAGAUUGAAGCAAAUCUAAGUGUACCUUUCCUGAAAUAAAAUAUUUUAAAUUUAA